UUAAUGUAUUUAUUAAUAUUUAGUUACAUUUAGAGUGACACUAGCCUAACCAUCUUAAUGCCCCUCUCCAUCAGUUAAAGUGUGUUGAAGGUGUGACCUCAGGGCGUCAUCGCUACAGUUGAUUGGUGAUUUGCGGCUGCGUCCGCAUGGCAACCGCGAGCUGUGUACAAGAAAGAAAGAGGGCAGAAGGGACCUUUCUGUAGACGCUAGACGCUGACUGGGAUAUCCACCCAAAACAGCGCUUUCCUGUCCUAUUCGUAGAUACUGAUACAUUUAGGAGACUGCGGACGGAUUGGAGCGACUUUAAUGCGGCGUGUUGUUGGCGCAGACUGACAGCCAGCUGUACGCUGCCACCAUAGACCUGUAAUCAUGACGGCAGACGAGACGAUCAGCAUCAAGGAGGCAGAGGUGAUCAAGGUGAUGCUGGACUUCCUGAACUCCAGGAAGCUGCACAUCAGCAUGCUGGCCUUGGAGAAGGAGAGCGGAGUCAUUAAUGGACUCUACUCUGACGACAUGCUCUUCCUCAGGCAACUCAUUCUUGACGGCCAGUGGGAGGAGGUGAUGCAGUUCAUUCAACCUCUAGAAGGAAUGGAAAAGUUUGACAAGAAAAGGUUCCGCUACAUCAUCCUGAAGCAGAAGUUUCUGGAAGCUCUGUGUAUAAAUAAUGCCAUAUCUGCUGCUGAAGACCCUCAGAAUCUGGAGCUCUCCAUGCAAGCGGCAGUCAAGUGCCUCCACAGUCUGGAGGAGUUCUGUCCGACCAAGGAUGACUACAGCAAGCUGUGUCUCCUCCUCACCCUGCCUCGCCUCACCCACCACGCAGAGUUCAAAGACUGGAACCCAAGCACGGCACGUGUCCACUGUUUCGAGGAAGCCUGUGCUAUGGUAGCUGAGUUUAUCCCUGCAGACAGGAAGCUGAGCGAGGCAGGCUUCAGGGCGAGCGGGAACCGCCUCUUCCAGCUGCUCAUCAAAGGGAUUCUUUACGAGUGCUGUGUUGAGUUCUGUCAGAGUAAAGCAACUGGUGAGGAGAUCACAGAGGGUGAGGUGUUGCUCGGUGUGGAUUUGCUUUGCGGGAAUGGCUGUGAUGAACUGGACUUGUCACUGCUCUCCUGGCUGCAGAACGUCUCUCCAGGUGCCUUUUCCUGCGCCUUCCAGCAAAAGACCCUUAACAUCCAUGUGGACCGUCUAGUGAAGCCCAGUAAGGCUGGCCACGCCGACCUCCUCACUCCAUUAAUCAACCGCCUGUCCCCCUGCCCUACUUCACCCUUUCGCCAGAGGCCUCAUUCAGCGGACACCUACAUGUCCAGAUCCCUCAACCCGGCUUUGGACGGCCUGUCCCACGGUCUGGCAGCCCAGGACAAGAGAGGCAUGGAGGUGAACAUGAAGUCUGCUCUUAGUCGGAGCCUUGUGGAGAAUAAUGUGCAUCAGCAGGACGAUUCACCUGAAAAGAAGCAACCACAUGGGCUGGAUGGACCCAACACCACACGCACACCUCUGACUCCUGGAAAAGAUGGUGGGCCACCCUGCAGCACGGAAACAAAUGAGCGUCCUGACUCCACAGAGCACAUCCAGGAGUAUUACAGGCAGCGUCUCCGCGUGCAGCAGCAUCUGGAGCAGAAGCAGCAGCAGAGACAGCUCUACCAGCAGAUGCUGCUGGAGGGAGGGGUGAAGCCGCCAAAUGGAGCCCAAAACAACCUCACUGAGACCUUCCUCAGUAGAUCCAUUCAGAAGUUGGAGGAGAUGAACAUGGGCAUUGGAGAUGAGAUGAUGACACAGUGGAACGGACUGACAGGGAACACCAGCACAUCCAGUCCCAGAACCACCAACACCCGCCACACCCCAGACACCGGGCCGCCAAGGGACAAGCCAGGUGGAGGGGUCAGCAGCACCCCAUCAGGGGCCGGGAGCCACGGCUUGCCUUCCCUCAGCGAGUCCCCAGUUCCUGCCAGUCAGAGUGCUGAGAGGAUCAGAGGGUCUUGUCCCACAGUCCAAGAUGAUUCUGGCUGCUCUGUGACACGUAACUCUGAAGAGCCGGGGAAGUCCAAAGCACAGUUUGUUAAAGUGAACCAGCUCGAGGACACACAGGCGGUGCGUGCGGUGGCCUUCCAUCCCUCUGGAGCGCUCUAUGCUGUCGGCUCCAACUCAAAAACCCUGAGAGUCUGUGGCUACCCAGAAACCCUGACCACCAGUGGUUCUGGUGCAGUCAAGCAGCCGGCGGUGCGCUUCAGGAGGAACAAACACCACAAGGGCUCAAUCUACUGUGUAGCCUGGAGCCACUGUGGACAACUGUUGGCUACUGGCUCCAACGACAAAUAUGUCAAAGUCUUGCCUUUCAAUGCAGACAGCUGCAAUGCCACAGGCCCAGACCUGGAGUUCAGCAUGCAUGACGGUACCAUCAGGGACCUGGCCUUCAUGGAGGGCCCCGAGAGUGGAGGAUCCAUCUUGAUCAGUGCCGGGGCCGGAGACUGUAACAUCUACACAACAGACUGUCAGAGAGGACAAGGCCUUCACGCCCUGAGUGGACACACUGGUCACAUUCUGACUUUGUACACGUGGGGAGGGUGGAUGAUUGCCUCUGGCUCCCAGGAUAAGACCGUGCGGUUCUGGGACCUGCGGGUGCCAAGCUGCGUCCGGGUGGUGGGCACAACUCUGCAUGGCUCAGGGAGUGCAGUUGCUUCGGUGGCAGUGGAUCCCAGCGGCCGGCUGCUGGCCACAGGCCAGGAGGACAGUACCUGCAUGUUGUAUGACAUCAAAGGAGGCCGCAUAGUCCAGACAUACCGGCCCCACAGCAGUGACAUCCGCUCGGUGCGCUUCUCACCUGGAGCCCAUCAUCUCCUCACCGGCUCUUACGACAACAAAAUCAUCAUCAGUGACCUGCAAGGUGACCUAACAAAGCCCCUCCCUCAGACGGUGGCAGGGGAGCACUGGGACAAGGUGAUCCAGUGUAGGUGGCACCCCCAUGACCGGACCUUCAUCUCCUCCUCUGCAGAUCGAACUGUCGUCCUCUGGGCACCAGGCCCCUGAGGUUAUUCACUGGAGAAGAAGAACACAGUGGCUGCACAUCCCGUGUGUGUGUGUGUGUGUGUGUGUGUGUGUGUGUGUGUGUUGUAUGUGCAUAUAAAUUGUGUGACAGAUGUGGGGUUUUUUUGUGUGCAUACUGCUGCAUAUGUCUAUGUGAGUAUGUGUGUGUGAAAGCAGAUGCAUCAUUCUGAAAAUGUGUGUAUUUAAAAGGAAAACAAAUGAAAGGAAACUAAUAAGAUAAUUUAGCAAACACUGUUAAAAGAGGAAACAUGGAACUUUAGAGUUAAGUUUCUAUUCAGAAUUCAUGUGAGGUCCAGUACCAAUUUAGUGUGUGUCUGUGUGUUUGCUUAAUACCUUUUGGCUUUUGUAGGUUAUAAAGCAUAAACAUGAAUGCUUUGGAGCCUACAAAGAUGUAGUUGGCAAAUAUGUACUUUGAAUAUAGAGAUAACUGAUAAUGCCUGUAUUGAAAGGCAUGAGUAAGUUCCCUGCAAGCACACCUUCAAGUUUAUUUAUUUUUUUCACACAAUGCCAAACUACAUUUUAGUCAGCUUUAGUUAGAACGUGGUACACACAUGAAGGUCACUUUAGAAGGUAUGUAGAGUUUGGUGCAACAUAAAGCAGUUGCUGUCUCUAUAGUUUUUAUAGGAAGCAGUGAGCUGGACUUUUCAUGUUGUGGAAAGAAGCCAUGUUUGGUUAUGCAUAUCAUAAUGUGCCUUUUUUAACAUUUGUGGAUGGUUUUGGAUGUGUGAAUAGAUUAAGAGAUUUAUUUAUUUAUUUGCAGCUUUAUUUUGGUAUUUACUCAUAUGUAUUGUCCUCUGUAAAUUAUUUUAAUGUCACUGUAAUGCAAAAAAUGAAUCACCCAUUGGUAUAUGUGUGUAUGUGCACAUUUGUAUAAAUUCCCAAAGUGUUUUUCAAUACGUCUGUUACUAUUGUGAGAGUAAUUAACGCCUAACACAAAUGCUGAAUAAUACACAGUAUGUCCAGGUUUGGCAUUUAAGUGGUGACGAGUCAUUUUUAAAUGGGUCUCAAACCAAAAAUUUCAUUUUAUUGCUGUGUUCAACACAAACUAAAUAGAUACAUUGCAUCAUGGGAAUAUGUAAAUGUUUGUUCUGAACUUUUAGAAACCUGUUUUUGUGGAUUCUGGUAUCAGCACAUUUGAUGUGUAACUCCACAGUGCUGGCUCAGUUCAAAGGAUGAGCACAGUAAAAGCAAAGCUUAGUGCAGUUGUAAAAAGUGACUGGGUGAGGAGAAAUAAGAGUAGCUGUGGAAGAGCUCAAUUAGCUCGUCAUAUCACAUUAUUUAUAUUAAACUGGAUUUUAUCACUGGAUUUAUAUCCCCAAAACGACAGAUUUUUUAAACAAAAUCAUCAAAGAAAUGACAGAAAAUGUUAGCAGGCUAAAGCCAAGUCAAUGGUAAUGAGGCACUUUAAAGUGAGGGAUGCUGUUGGACUGCUCAAUGUGAAAUGACAAAAGACAACUCUUUCAAUUUUACAAACAAGGCUCUGAUUUUAUCUUCACUUUCACUGAGCACCUGAUGCAUACACCUGAUGGAUGUGAGAGAGAACAGGGUAUUAUGCACAUAUUUUACAUUAUCGGUGGCUCACAAUGGCAAAUUCUGUCAUUUAAAACCUGUGCAGUACCUGUGCAGUUUAAAGCAAUGUUUGUGCACACAA